CCUACUUCUGGCCUCGUUUGACAUUCAAUAUCCCACUAGCCUCAUCCUCUCACCCAACUCGCGCCAACUAGUUUACACCACCCUGUGCAACAACAGUAUACACUUAUGCAACACUCCCCCUGAGAUCCUCGGUAGGAUUCAACUCGCACAAGAAGUCAGAGUGCGCAGCCAACCCCGAAUACUACUAUGGUCCAUGUGCUAACAUUUUCUUACAGACAAGGGCUCCUGGAAACCUACCCCUCACUGAUGUACUCUUCCCUUUCUUUUCUUCAUUUACACCACUCCAUUAAUGCCACUUUUGCAGUUCGGCGCGCUCUCUCUCAUCGGGAGUCAACCUAUUUGUGAGGCACUACCAAAUGCGCAACAAAGCCUCCCUUCCCACUCUCCCCUACCUCCCCUUGUCGAUUUUGCCUGUCGUCUCGCAGAGUCCGAAUCUUGGACCGACAGGCACACCGGAACCUCUCGCAUGCAGUCUACCGAGAUGCUACCGCUUCCUGACAUGCGGCAGCAGUUGCCUACUCUUUCCCCUUCACUGCAGAUACCCUCUUCUAUAGUACGUUCACGGCUACCUCAAUUACCUCCGGACCCCCGCGAGCUCCUUCCCUCUUCUUCCCAUACGCAUGCAGUCGUCUCCGCUCGUAAUGACGAGCCUCACGAUCUCCCCCCUGAAUCAAUGCUACAAGAUCUCUCAAAAUAUAUUACCAAGGAUGGAGACUAUCCUAUUGCUCGUGGCGGGUUUGGGGAGAUUUGGAAAUGCACUUUGAACAUCGAUCGUAACUCGGUUAAAGUCGCAGUGAAAGCAUUGCAGGUGUACAUCGAUGAUCAACGUGGGGAAGCGAAGGCGAAAAAGAUCAAGCGGAUAAAGCGCGAACUUAGGAUAUGUGCCAACCUCAAGCACGCAAAUAUCUUACCAAUUUAUGGUUAUACGCAUGGCUUCGGUCCAUUUAUAGCAUUAGUCAGUCCUUGGGCAGAGAAUGGUAACCUGUCGGACUAUUUGAAGCGUGAGGGUGAGGUUCUGACUCUCGUUCGACGAUUCCAACUGCUAAGAGAUAUCAUGGCUGGUCUGCAAUAUCUUCACGCCAACAGUGUCAUCCAUGGUGACUUCAAUGGGCCUAACGUGCUCAUCCGUGGUGAUGGCACCGCAUGUGUUGCCGACUUCGGUCUUUCCUUGAUGUAUUCCGAUGUUAUAAGCCCCUCUAAGGCUUCCUGGACAUCCACGCUCAAAGGAAACACGCGAUGGAUGGCUCCUGAACUGCUUGUAUUGGAACGGGAAGACGGAACUCCCACUCGUCCAAGCGAGCAGAGCGACAUCUAUUCGUUCGGCGGUAUCAUGUUGCAGGUCCUCACCAACAAAACUCCAUAUUAUUACCUUCCGAAUGAUGCAGCCAUCGUCCUAUGUAUAGCUAGAUCAGAAACGCCUUUCCGAUCACGUUAUCCCGAGCUUCCUGAAAAAUACUGGACGUUUAUCGAGCAAUGUUGGUCUACUAAUCCUCGGGACCGCCCAUCGACGGAGGGAGCUGAUGUGACAAUCAGGAAUGAAUUUUACUCGCUGUCCAGAGCUCGUUGAUUCUUGCACUUGUCUUGUAUCCAAACACAUGCUUACAAUACAGCCAGAUAGAUGAACACAGUUACAGUAAACGUAGGCUCACUCCAAUAUUUCUGUCGUAAUAUCGGAACACAACAAUGCACUAGCUAGGUAGUUCCUAGUACCAGACACUACUAGUACUGCUGGCCUCCCCACAGCAAACCUCAAGCGAAAGAUUUUCCUCUACAAGUCUGUUCACCGCUUCACUGAUUAUCGUGAUGAUUGAUUAGUUCCUAGUACAAUACACCCAGAUCGCGCGAGUUUCUUCCCAGAAAGUAAUAUAUCUUACCGUCCGAGAUGCGGACCACAAUAAGCUCGAGAAAUACCAAGUAUGUUGGAAAACCAGAUAGCCG